GCAGAUUUCAUGGUGUACACGGCCCCACCGAUUCCCACUUCGGCCAUACCCAGCUUCAGCAACCCUUCAGAUGCAGCAAGCUGGACAACAAGUGUCGGUCUCAACGCCCUCCUCGCCCAACGCCGUCACACCUCCUCCCUAGGCUCAGCGUACCAAUCCUCCUUGACCUCAGCCGCCUCUGAGAUCGCCGCUUUUGUCUCCACCGCAACGAAUUACUCUAUACCUGCCGUGGUAACCGAUCUCGAGGAAACAACAACGUUUUAUUCGCGCCCUGUCUGGUACACCGCACUCCCAUCGGGGGCGAGGGCGUUCAAGGAACGGCAGGUGGAUGAUCAGUUCAGCAUCAUCAGAUCAGUCAUCGCUAGAGGGGCUACGUCUACAGCAGCGAGCUCGACGGGGGCGGCAAUGCCGACUGCGACGGCAUUCCUAGAUGCAAAGUUUGGGAUCAUGGCUGCGGCUGCUGCGGCUGCGUUUUUGUGA